ACUGGGCGGGGCUGCGCUACGGCGGGGCGUGGCCAGGCCAUGGCGACCGCGGAGCCCACCGGGCGUGCGAUCCCGGCUCAGGUCCCAGGACUUCGGCCCAGCGGGGCCACCGGCCGAGUUGCCGGAGCUGCAGGGCCUCUCUCUGUGCAGAGCAGUACCAGAGCCCUCCGGCCGGGGGAGCGCACUCCCGCCGCCAUGGAGAAGAGGGGCCCCUACUUGGUGACGCGCGCACCCUCUAUUCAGGCCAAGCUCCAGAAGCACCGGGACCUGGCCAAGGCCGUUCUGCGGAGAAAAGGCAUGCUGGGCGCCUCGCCGAACCGCCCCGACUCUUCAGGGAAAAGGGCAGUGAAGUUUAACAAGGGCUAUACUGCUCUUAGCCAGACUCCAGAUGAAAACCUGGUGUCCCUCGACUCUGACAGUGAUGGGGAACUGGAAUCCAGAUACUCCUCCGGGUAUUCCUCUGCAGAGCAGGUGAACCAGGAUGUGAGCCGGCAGCUGCUCCAGGAUGGGUAUCACUUGGAUGAGAUUCCAGAUGAUGAAGACUUAGACCUCAUUCCCCCUAAGCCCAUGGCCUCUUCAGCUUGCUCUUGCUGCUGGUGCUGUCUUGGGGACUCUUCCUCCUGUACCCUCCAGUAGACAUCACCCUCCAAGACGGGCCCUGCUCACCCUGGUGGCCCUUCACGGCUCACAGAAUGCUUGGGAACUGCUGUGAGCCCAGAGUCCUUGGAAGUACUGGCCCUCUGGGAAAUCUAUAGCAUAUGGCUAGCCCUUAUCUGGUGCUUCUCAGGCCAGAGAUCCCCAUCUGGCUGUGGAGCAGAGAUGGAAUUCUGCAAUUAUCCUCUGCUAUUGGAGCAAGAGUUCAGAGAAGCCACUUUAAUGAGAGUAGAACAGUGGAAAUUUGGUUUUUGUGGUGGGUGACAAAAGUGGCUAAGGGAAACACUUGGAGCCUUAUUGACUGGUAUUUGUCGUGGUGCUUUAUGAGGGGAAAAAAGAUAACUUUUGUGCUUAGUAUGUCCUGGAUAGUGCUGUAUGGAGGCAGAAAAUAGCACUUUAUGGCUUGUAGCUGGGAAUCUGAAAAAGAAUGUAACUGCUUUAGACCAGUUCAGGAAAUUCCAUUAUGUUGUCUUCCUCUUCCCAGCUGUGAGUCACAGAUUUGACCUUUAAGUGUAAAGUAAGUCCCUUUGUCCAUCUUUAGCUUGCACCUGACAGGAUUAUAUAUAGCAGGUUGCUUAAUUACUCCACAGUACCACGGCUUCCAGAAUCCCUGGACCUGGACGGGUUAGUGAUUCUGGUCAGCCCUUCCCUAGUUAGAGGAAAACUGUCUCAACAUGUAUAUAUUUAUUUAUUUGUAUUUUCUUGGUCUUGACUAGUUUCUCAACAGUGUUUUCCAGCUAAAGUUGGUAUAAAGGUCCUGGGCCUGGCCCCAGCAGCCUGCAGUUUUUGUUAUUACCAGCAGAGGGAGCUGCAAGGAACAGUCUGGUGCCUUUUUGUUUAGCUUUUUUAACUUUGGAGCAGUAACAAUGGGUGAGAGUAGGUAUACUGGUGAGGGUGUGUGGGCUUUGACCCAGGGUGGGGAGGAGAGACCUAAGCCAGCUCGUAGGCCCCUGCGUGAGAUUAAGCUGCCAGUGCAGAGGGCCAUUCUAUUGCCAGAUUGUUCUGAGCACAGCGUAGUCCUCAGAAUUGGGCUUUACAGUAGAUGUCUGAAUGUAACAUAGCCUUUUGGCACUCCAGCCUGAACACAGCAGAAACAGGCAUAAUUUCCCCUGUGCCCAUCCCCACCCUCUGGAUAGCAUCUCUUGCUACACAGGCCUUCAUAGAAUUUUUUUAGUAAUUCCUUUUCUUUUUUUUUCUUGCCUCAUUCACGACUAUGGUGAGGUUUGAGUAAGCAUCCACAGGGUUCUUCUCAGCCUAAGGGGCAUAGUAGUCAAGAUUGGGGUGUAGGCCCCAUAUAGGAAAAUGUCUAGUCUCUUGCUUCAGUCAACAUCCUGGGACCACUAGAGGCACAUAAGGGAUGAUGUGGCCUCCUUUGGCUCUACUAUAGGAGGUGAUUAGAAGACUGAGAAAGAUAACCCUACUGGUAUUAUCUUUGUGUUUUUCUCAAAUUAUGGAAAGUUGAGAGGAAUAUGUAGUAUCUAGGAGCUGAUUUGCGCUUAUUAGCAAGUAGCAUCACUGAAGGGAGGUGGGACAGCGCUGAGGCACACCAGCUUGUGAUCUCAGGAACAGAGAAGCAGAUAUUAAUCUGUCCUGGAAUGGGACUCUGCAGCUCUCCCCAGGCAGCCAACAUUCAGAGCACUUUUUGUAAAUGCCUGCAGAGGAUAAGAGCAUCUCUACUCUGAACCCCUUCCCCAUCCCUGGGGACUGUUUCUGUAAAGGUGAAGUACACAUGUGGAAUUGGAUCAGAAUAGGAAGAUAGUGGUAAGAAACCCAGUGGGGCCAGAAUGUGCUGUGGAAGCCAAGUGUGGAACCACAUUUCUUUAGGCCAGUUGGUUAGGACAGAGUAGCCUGGGCAUUUUGGCAGCUGGUAGUAUUGAGGGUGGCAGGACCCUAAAACCAAGGCCCUCCCCUCUGCGUGGGUGCUGCAAUAAUCAAUACUGAUAUUUGGCUGUGACUGCCCCUGGAGAGGAUAUUUCAGAGCUGGUUGACCCCACAUAGGAGGGCAUUACCUUGUAGAAAAAGUUGCGGGGGGAGGGGGAGGACGUCCAUAUACUAGAGGUGGCAGGUUCAAACCUGGCCCUGGCCAAACCCUGCAACAACAGAAAAAA